AUGGAAGCCAAAAGGCAGACAACAAUCAUUUACGCAAGCAGUGCAUUCGGUGUCGCUUUCAAUGGACUUCUUUUGUUCUUCAUCGCAACUGAUCACUCGAAAAACAACGGCGGUUACAAGAAAAUGUUGGCUAUCGUCACCGUGUACAAUAUUUAUUACGCGAUAAUGCAUAUUGUUUUAGAUAUGGGUUUUCUCAUGGACGAGUACGGUUUCGUGAUGUUCAGUAAGAAUUUCGCAAAAACCGGCUACUGGGGAUCAUACUUGGCGAUUAUGAUCUACAUGGAUGCUUUCAACAUGACACUCACCCUUCUUGCAAUCCAUUGUCUCUAUCGUUUUGUGCAAGUUUCUGGCAAGUGGCGUUUCAUCUUCGAGAGUAAAAAGUGGAUCAGCGGAAUGCUGAUCUUUCAUCUCAGUUUCGGUCUUGCCUGGUGUAUGAUUUGUCAUCUUGCUUUCAAACCAACCGCCGAGCGAACCGCGUUGAGCAAAGCGGAGUUAUGGCUAAAAUAUGAAAUCGAUAUGGACACACUUGGGUAUAUUGGACCCGUGUUUAAAUCAAUUGAUCCAAUCACAAAAGAGGUGACAAUUCGUUGGAAAACGGUGAUGGGCGCUUUUGGGUGCCUCUCGAUUCUCAUUGUUCUCUACAUCUCGAUUUGUUUUGGGGCAAUCAAAUUAUAUUGCUUUGUUCGUCGUUCAAUGGUUAGCGAGCGCACGAAAAGACUACAAUAUCAACUGUUGCGGUUACUCUUCAUUCAGGCGAUUUGCCCAUUCAUCUUUGAGUAUUUCCCAUGUGUGGUGGCUAUGUGGAGUGGUCUAUUUGGUUUUCGUCUUUCUGGAUUCGCCCUUUGGGUGCCGAUGUUCACUUCAACGUACGCUUCUUCAGAUGCCUUUCUUGUGAUACUCGGAUUUAAAGCGUAUCGUCAGCGGCUUCUCGAUUUGAGACCGUUCAGGGGAUUCGGCAAAAAGAUCUAUUCGCAAACAGAAAACUCCGAUCAAAAGACAACAAAAGCAGCUCCUCAACCGGGAAAUCAUUAU